AUGAGAGAGGGAGAUGAGGAGGAGGAGGAGGAGGACUGGAAGAAAUGGGAAUACAGAUGGAACAUGUCAAAGCCCUCAGAGGCAGCACGUCGCUGCUCCGGCCUGGCCCGGCGGGCACUCACGAUUACGUUCGCACUGCUCAUCCUGGGCCUCAUGACCUGGGCCUACGCCGCGGGCGUUCCUCUUGCCUCCGAUCGAUAUGGGCUCCUGGCCUUCGGCCUCUAUGGGGCAUUCCUCAGCGCGCACCUGGUGGCGCAGAGCCUCUUCGCUUACCUGGAGCAUCGGAGGGUGGCGGAGGCGGCACGGCGCGCCUCGGCGAAGGGACCCCUAGACGCGGCCACAGCACGCAGCGUGGCGCUCACCAUCUCCGCCUACCAGGAGGAUCCCUCCUACCUGCGCCAGUGUCUGACCUCAGCCCGCGCUCUGAUGUACCCUCGCGCGCGGUUGCGCGUCCUUAUGGUGGUGGACGGCAACCGCGCAGAGGAUCUAUACAUGGUGGACAUGUUCCGCGAAGUCUUCGCCGAUGAGGACCCCGCCACCUACGUGUGGGAUGGCAACUAUCAUCAGCCCUGGGAGCCGGCGGAGGGGGCAGGAGCAGUGGGUACCGGUGCCUACCGCGAGGUGGAGGCUGAGGACCCAGGGCGGCUGGCGGUGGAGGCGCUGGUGAGGACACGAAGGUGCGUGUGUGUGGCGCAGCGCUGGGGCGGCAAGCGUGAGGUCAUGUACACGGCUUUCAAGGCGCUGGGAGACUCUGUGGACUACGUGCAGGUCUGUGACUCAGACACAAGGCUAGACCCCAUGGCACUGCUGGAGCUUGUUCGAGUGCUGGAUGAAGACCCCCGGGUAGGGGCUGUUGGAGGAGACGUAAGGAUCCUUAACCCUCUGGAUUCCUGGGUCAGCUUCUUGAGCAGCCUGCGAUACUGGGUAGCCUUCAAUGUGGAGCGAGCUUGUCAGAGCUACUUCCACUGUGUGUCCUGCAUCAGUGGUCCUCUGGGUCUGUACAGGAACAAUCUCCUGCAGCAGUUCCUGGAAGCCUGGUACAACCAGAAGUUCUUGGGCACCCACUGCACUUUCGGGGAUGACAGGCACCUCACCAACCGCAUGCUCAGCAUGGGCUAUGCUACCAAAUACACCUCACGCUCCAGAUGCUACUCGGAGACGCCCUCUUCCUUCCUGCGCUGGCUGAGCCAACAGACCCGCUGGUCCAAGUCUUACUUCCGCGAGUGGCUAUACAACGCCCUGUGGUGGCACCGCCACCAUGCAUGGAUGACCUAUGAAGCAGUGGUCUCAGGCCUCUUCCCUUUCUUUGUGGCUGCCACAGUGCUGCGGCUCUUCUACGCUGGGCGCCCGUGGGCUCUGCUCUGGGUGCUGCUGUGCGUGCAGGGUGUGGCGCUGGCUAAGGCAGCCUUUGCAGCCUGGCUACGAGGUUGCCUCCGCAUGGUGCUGCUGUCACUCUAUGCACCACUCUACAUGUGUGGCCUGCUGCCUGCCAAGUUCCUGGCAUUGGUUACCAUGAAUCAAAGUGGCUGGGGCACCUCAGGCCGGAAGAAGCUGGCUGCUAACUAUGUUCCGGUGCUACCCCUGGCACUCUGGGCUCUGUUGCUGCUUGGAGGCCUGGUCCGCAGUGUUGCCCAGGAAGCACAGGCCGACUGGAGUGGCCCAUCCCGGGCAGCUGAGGCCUACCACCUCGCUGCUGGAGCAGGCGCCUAUGUAGCCUACUGGGUGGUAAUGCUGACUCUCUACUGGGUGGUUGUGCGGAGGCUCUGCAGGCGUCGGAGUGGUGGCUAUCGUGUUCAGGUGUGAGUCUGGCCAUGAACAUGCCCACUGAGGAGUCCUGCAGGGUAGCUACAGGAGCCAUGAAUUCCACGGGGACUGCCUGGCCUCAGUUUCCCUUCUCUUUGAAAUGAGGGAGCCAUCCAAGAUUCUUGGAAUGCAUUAUUGGAAUAUAUCCAAUGGAUUGUAUUGGAACUCAAGACUUGUGGGUCUUUGGGGAGGGGUAAUUUAUUGAUCAGGGUGUGUGUUUGUAGGACCAUGGCCAGAAGGUCCCUGUUUUCUCCCUGUUGCUAUUUAAUGUUUGUACUGUGAUUAAGAUGUAAUAAAUUUUUUAUUUAUUUUCUUCCAA